AUGUUUAUUUUAUGUUUAUUUAGUUGGAUGUUUUAUUUAAUAUGUUUUGAAUGUUUCUGUUUUCUAUGUUUUGAAUGUUUUUAUUGUUUUAUCUGUUUGUUUGGCUUGAUGUUUUUUAUAGAUGUUUUAAUCUCUAUUCUCUAUGUUUUGAAUGUUUUAUUAUUUUAUAUGUUUGUUUGGGUUGAUGUUUUGUUAUAAUGUCUGAAUGUUUUUGUCUUUAAUGUUUUAAGCAUGUUUUAAACAUUUUCAUUGUUUUAAGCAUUGUCUUGGUUAUUUUUAACUAACGUGUUUAGUUGUUUUUAGUUUGUAGAUGUUUUACAUGUUUUGUUGAGGCUAAAUGUUUUUUGUUUAACUGUUUGUAAAUGUUUAGGUUAAUGUUUGUUUUAGUUAAUGCAUUUAACUGCUUUUUGUUUGUUUGUUUUGUCUUUAAUGUU